GAUACAAUAAGGGCAACCAUUAACAAAAAGAAUUCUUCCUUUCAAAUUGUAGCAAAUUCUUCAAUUUCUCAAACUUCUUUGAGCUUGAUUCUUUCCUAUAUUCUUUUCCAAAAUCUUUCCCGAAAUUGUUGCCAAAUUCUUUAAGAUAACCAAGUAUUACUUCACAAUUAUUGAAUUCAAUAUCUGCACCUGUGAACCUUUCCUAAUUUCGAGUGUUCAAUAACAGUUAGGUGUGGUGGUGCUUGUCUAUCGACGAUGAUACAUGAGGAACUGAAUCUGAAUCCGUCUUCUUGAGCAUUUUCAUAAGGUUGUCACUUACGCUCACUCGCUUCUGAUGAUGUUCUCGCUCAGACGCAUCCUUCCCGCCCAACAUCACCACCACCACCACCCAUUCUCCACCUCCAUCGCUGCCGCCAUCGCCGCCAACACCACCACCGCACCUUCUCUCCCAGAAUCCUACAGAGUACAACCUCCAAUCAAACCCUGGCCUCACCGCCUCAACCCUAAACUACUAUCAUCUCUCAUUUCCCGCCAACACGACCCUCACCUCUCCCUUCAAAUCUUCUACCACGCCCAACACCACCACCGACCUCCCUUCUCCCACAAUCCCCAAACCUACCAAGCCAUCUUCCUCAAACUCUCCCGAUUCCGCUGCUUCCGUGAAAUCGAAUCCAUCCUCACCACCCUCCGCCGUUCGCCCCAGCAAUUCAUUCAUUGCUGCGGCGAGGAACCACUUAUAACAGUGAUCCGCGGUUAUGGACUUGCUGGAAAGCCCUUACGGGCUCUCAAAACUUUCAUGAGGAUCAAAUCGUUUGGGAUUCAACCCUCAGUUAGGUCACUCAAUGCAUUGUUGAAUUCUUUGGUUCAGAAUAAGCGUUACCGCUUGGCAUUUUUGUUGUUUAAGAAUUCUAGAGAUAGGUUUGGGGUUUUGCCUAAUGUGGUUAGUUGUAAUAUCUUGCUUAAGGCACUUUGUAAAGGGAAUGAGGUUGAAGUUGCUGUUAGGGUUUUGGAUGAGAUGCCUGGGAUGGGUUUAGUCCCCAAUGUUGUUAGUUAUACUACUGUUUUGGGUGGGUAUGUUUGGAGGGGUGAUAUGGAUGGUGCUAUGAGGGUUUUUCGUGAGAUUUUGGAUCGAGGGUGGGAUCCUGAUGUGACUAGCUAUACUGUUUUGGUGGAUGGGUUUUGUAGGUUAGGGAAAUUGGUGGAUGCAAUUAGGGUAAUGGAUAUUAUGGAGGAGAAUGGGGUUGAACCCAAUGAGGUUACUUAUGGUGUUAUGAUUCAAGCUUAUUGCAAGGAGAAGAAAUCCGGGGAAGCGGUUAACUUGAUUGUGGAUAUGCUUGAGAAGGAUUGUGUCCCGGGCUCGGAGCUGUGUUGUAAUGUUGUUGAUCUGUUGUGUGAGGAAGGGAAUGUUGAAAGAGCUUGUGAGGUGUGGAGGAUGGUUUCGAGGAAGGAUUGUAGCCUCGACAGUGCUGUCAUUGUUAGUACGCUUAUACAUUGGCUUUACAAGAAGGGGAAGGUGCUGGAGGCAAGGAACGUGUUUGAUGAGUUUGGGAAGGAAUCGGCUGUGAGUCUCUUGACGUAUAAUACAUUGAUUGCUGGAUUGUGUGAGGGAGGAAAGCUUUGUGAUGCGGCGAAGCUGUGGGAUGACAUGGUGGAAAAGGGCGUUGCUGCUAAUGCUUUUACCUAUAACAUGUUGAUUAAAGGGUUUUGUAAGGAUGGAAAUGCCAAGGAGGGUAUCAGAAUUCUGGAGGAGAUGUUGGAAAACGGGUGUUUGCCAAACAAAUCAACCUACUUAAUAUUGAUUGAUGGGCUUUUGCUUUCAGGUGGAAUGCAACAAGAAAUCAACAAGGUAGUUUCACUGGCCAUGUCUACUGGAGUUGAUGCUGACUUGUGGAAUCAUUUUGUAAAAUCUAUUGUGGGUAAUGUAGAUUAUGGUGCAGCUGAACUUGAUAAGAUAUUAUUGGAGAAUGCAGUGUAAUAAUAUUCUGAAGGAUGCUGUUAAUAUGAUCUUUGGAAUGUGAUGGCAAAAGAGGCUUGAAUCUUUGAAACUCUCUAUGCACUUUUGAGGCAUUUUUAUAGCUGAUAUAUUCACCAGUUAGUGAACUUGAAAGUGUCUGGCAAUUGAUUAGGAACCACUUUGUCGUUGGAUUUCGUUUUUGAUAUGUGGUCCAAUUUUAAUGGCUGGCAAUUAUAGUGUGACCAUCAACACCGAGUUUUCUUAUUACUAAAUUUAAUCACCAUCCUCUGCAUCUGAGGAAUGUUGAUUGUGCAAAUAUGGUUACAUGGAGCAGCCCGUCACUUGUUCAGUGUGUUUCGACAUAAUGAGGGCUUGUGGGUUUGGAAGUGGAAAGUAGCAUGGAAACAUUCGGUUAAAUCAGCCGUCUCUUUUUGGUUUCUCAAUCUUCCAAUGAUGUUGUGUGGUAUGAUUUAGCAUAGAAGCCGGUAUUAAGAUUAUUGUGGAAGAGCUUGGCUCAAUCUAAGGCCAUAGCUUUUUCUUGGCAGUCUUUGCUUAUUUCAGAAAAAGAUGCUAACAUGUUAACCUAUGUUAGUAUUACUGGCUGUGUAUUGUGAAGGCAGCAGGCAGAAUUUUCCCUGCAGUUAUUUUAUCAUUGUGUUGUUGUUACUUCUAGAAUAUGAUAUGCCGCUGGUAAUUGGAGGGAGUGUGUAUACCCAAUCCAGACACUUUAUUUGAUUUGUUUAUACAGUUCUGUGGAUGUUCUAGAAUAAGGUCUUUGAUUUGGAUUGUAGUUUUCAGGUCUAUUUAGAAGGCUAUUGAGGUACUGCUAUGAAAAUAAAAGGUGAAACCAUGUAGAAAUGUGAAAAGGGCUGACUUUUGAAAGAAUGUAGAGAGGUAUAGUGAAGAAAGGAAUUGUGAUGGUCUCUUGACAGUGGGAAAGAGAACUAGUAAACUGAGCCGAGUGUGUUACAUAAUUGGAUACUGUGGUACCAAUAAUAUGGUGAUGGUCUUUUGUACAGUGCUGUACAAAGAUUGAGACAGGUAAAAGAAACUGAAUACUACAGUCUUUGGUGUUUAUAGGAGAGUCUCAUUCCAUUUCUGUUGUAUGAAUAGAAACAAUUAUACCUAGAAGAAUAUUGUGUCAACUAUACUAUGUGUAUUGGAUCUGAAGGUGGUUCUCGCAUGUGUUGUUGGUAUUGACUGAUAGCAGAAUGUUGACUAAAGUGAGAAAUGGAGCAAAAGUUGUUGCAUCAGUAGCAGUAGUAGGAACUUUUGUAUUGAUUUUGCCUAGUGGGCUUGUAUUGGAACUUUGAAAAAUGUUUUCAUGUUCUAGUUAUAUGUAGAAACAUUGUUUAAGGCUCUUAAUGGAUAAAUGUUAUGGUUA